GUGCUUUCACUAUUGAUGCAGGCAGGCUACAACUGGAAUAGACAAGUGGGUGUGCCCAUGCAGGCAGGUAAGCCGUGUCCAAACCUGCUUACCUUGUCUGCUGUUGCAGCAAACCAGCACCACAUACCUGCAUUUAGGAUACUGGAGCAUUCUCUGUCCCUCCACUUCUCUCUCAAUCUGUCUCUAGAUCAAGGUGUUCCUGUUAAAAUAGCAGAUAUGCCAGUCAAAGUGUUUUUUUCCAGCGUGAGCGGUUCCCUAGAGCUGAAGAAAAAUCAGGAAAGAAUCUUCUCUAUCCUGACCUCUAAAAAGAUCCCCUUCGAAGCGGUGGACAUUUCUCAGAAUUCUGAAGACAAGGAUUUAAUGAGGAAGAGGGCAGGGAACCCGACUGCACUGCCUCCUCAAAUAUGCAAUGGGGACGUCUAUUGUGGGGACAUCACUGCAUUUGAUAAUGCAAUUGAGAUGGAAGACUUAGAGAGGUUUCUCAAACUCUAAAAGGACUGGAGACCAGCCAUGGGACAACUCAACCACAUCACCAUGUUCACUGCAAUAUCAAUAUAUCUAGUUAAGCAAACAAACCAAAAAUAAAUCUAGAAAAGACUAUAUUAAUAUUUCUGUUUCCAUUCGUUUACUGUGGUUAUGACAGAUGCUUUAUUCAUAUUUGAUGAAUAAUGCUCAAAGCUUAAGGAAAUGUAAAUUUGGCUUACAGUGAAGUGGAAGUGCUUUUCUAGCCUUCCUUUCAGGGAAGAGUUUUUGGAGUUGCACAUCUGAACAGUUUGUACGAUUCAAAUAAAAAUUCUUAAAAUUGUCUGAACUCA